AGCGAAUGCGAGGCCCACUCAGCACAAGCGAUAUACUCCAUGGUCCAUUCCCGUUCCGAUCGAAAAAUAAAGCGAAAAUAGGAAGGAGUAGCGACGGCCUCGUCCUCCCCGAUUCCGCAACCCAGGCAGGCAGUCCCCCGAGAUCCCGUCAGCCAUGGACGGGCUCCUGUCCAAGCUCCGCAGCCUGGAUGCCCACCCCAAGGUGAACGAGGACUUCUACAGCCGCACCCUCUCCGGCGGCAUCAUCACGCUCGCCUCCUCCGUCGUCAUGCUCCUCCUCUUCGUCUCCGAGCUGCGAUUAUAUCUUCAUGCAGUUACGGAGACAACACUAAGGGUUGAUACCUCAAGGGGAGAAAAACUUCGCAUAAAUUUUGAUGUCACCUUUCCAGCCCUUCAGUGUUCUAUAAUUAGCCUUGAUGCAAUGGACAUCAGUGGACUAGAGCACCUUGAUGUGAAACAUGAUAUAUUCAAGCAGCGAAUUGAUGCCCAUGGCAAUGUUAUUGCAACCAAGCAAGAUGCAGUUGGUGGUAUGAAGAUGGAAAAGCCCUUACAACAUCAUGGUGGAAGACUUGAACACAAUGAGACCUAUUGUGGCUCUUGUUAUGGUGCACAAGAAUCUGAUGAACAAUGUUGUAACUCGUGUGAAGAUGUCCGUGAAGCAUACAGGAAAAAAGGUUGGGGUGUAUCUAAUCCAGAUUUGCUUGAUCAGUGUAAAAGAGAGGGCUUCCUUCAAAGUAUAAAGGAUGAAGAAGGUGAAGGAUGCAAUAUUUAUGGCUUCAUUGAAGUUAACAAGGUUGCUGGGAAUUUCCACUUUGCUCCAGGGAAAAGCUUUCAGCAGUCAAAUGUGCAUGUUCAUGACUUGCUUCCGUUCCAGAAGGACAGCUUCAAUGUCAGCCAUAAGAUUAACAAAUUAAGUUUUGGAGAAUACUUUCCUGGCGUUAUUAAUCCCCUUGAUGGGGUGCAAUGGGUGCAGCAUUCUUCAUAUGGAAUGUAUCAAUACUUCAUCAAGGUUGUUCCCACUGUCUACACUGACAUAAAUGAACACAUCAUUCUCUCAAAUCAGUUCUCUGUGACGGAACAUUUUAGAAGUAGUGAGAGUGGUCGGAUACAAGCUCUUCCUGGCGUGUUUUUCUUUUACGACCUUUCGCCAAUUAAGGUCACAUUCACGAAGCAACAUGUGUCGUUUCUACACUUCUUAACUAAUGUUUGCGCUAUUGUUGGAGGUGUGUUCACUGUUUCUGGAAUCGUAGAUUCAUUUGUAUACCAUGGCCAGAGAGCAAUCAAGAAGAAGAUGGAAAUCGGCAAAUUCAACUGAGUCUUGAAUGUUGCCUUCGUACUGCUGCCCUCAAUUCCAUUUCCAGGGCUUCCGUUAGAAGAACUCUAGCUGCAGUAGAUAGCAAGUCUGCUCCAAGUUCCAGAAAUGGGUGAGCAGCAUUAAUAUAUUUUUUCCUUGUGGCUUUUACUCUGGAACUCUUGGCGCACUUGCAUAGAUUACACUUUACAAUCAAUUGCUCAUCAAAUAGCUCUCGGUGUGCUUGCCUUGCCUGCUUGCUUCCAGCAAAUAUACCAGCAAGCAAAAUGGUCAUCUGUAGUUCUGUACAAGUCGAUGCUGUUUCACUCAGGCAGACGGAACAUUUCAGAGGUGCUCAAUUUUGUGCGCUGUAGUCUAACAGGAAAACACUUUAUUUUUGUAAGUUGCAGGUGUUUGAAUCGCUGUAAAUCUUUGUUAGGGGCUCAGGCCUGUCUGUAGAUUUUGUUAUUUUUGUGGAACUAUGUUGUUAUGACAGGGUUUUUUUUUCCAGACAUUUGUAGCUUUUACAGAUCAGGUUCAAAAUGUAAAGACCAUUUUUCAAGCAAAGAAAGUUUAUCUUCUUUAA